AUGUUCUUCCGAUCCUCGUCCGCCCCGAGCACCAAGACGUUCCGCCUGACGGCCGCCCAGCCGUUCGAUGCAACCUUCGACCUGACGCUGGCCGACAACAUCCCGCCCGCAAUCAACAGCCGGUACAUCUUCAUCUACGACACGCGCGGCGAGACAGGCAGCCCGCAAGCCUACCGCGAUGAACUGGCCGACCGGCUGAAGCGGAGCCUCGAGUCCUUCCUGCGCCUGCCCGACGACGACGGCCACGCGCUGGCCUUCCCGCAGCUGCUCGGCAAGGUGCACGCCAGGCCGGACAACGGCCGGCUCUUCGUGCGGGUCAAGCACGACUCCAGCCUGCCCUUCGUCGUCGCCACCCACGACAAGAUCACCCUCGAGUCGCUGCGCCCGGAUCUCGGCUUCCCGUCGCAGCACCUCGACCCCAAGGUCUUCGCCGCCGGCGUCGACGCCGUGCCGCGCCCCGACGGCGACGGCGGCUGCGACACCUUCUCGGUGCAGCUGACCUUCAUCGCCGGCGGCUACGUGCUCAUGGUCAACAAGCACCACUACCUCCUCGACGCCACCGCCACCGGCUUCUUGAUGAAGAGCUGGUUCGAGCGCGCCCGCCUGUACGCCCAGCACAAGCCGUCGUCGUCCGCCGCCGAGUCGUCGACCCGGCUCGCCAUCGAGAAGGAAGGCAAGGCCCGGUCCGUCCACGACAGCACUUCGCUCGCCAUCACCUCGCACGACGACGACGAGCCCGUCGACCUCUCCCUCGAAUGGACCGUCAAGCCCAACGCCGGCCCCCACAUCUUCGGCCUCCAGCUGCCGCCGCCCUCGGUCAUGUUCGUCGCCAAAGCCCUCGCCUUCGCCCGCCCCAAGGUCGACAACGCCAUCUUCCACUUCCGCCCCGCCGCCCUCAAGCGCCUGCACGCCGACGUGCAAGCCGCCACCGCCCUGCGCAUCUCCACCCACGACGCCGUCUGCGCCCUGAUCUGGCGCGCCAUCGCCCGCGCCCGCCUCGCCUCCCUCAAGCCCACCGACAGUGCCACCAAACGCCCGGACCGCUGCACCUUUGCCCUCGCCGUCAACGGCCGCUCCAAGCUGGAGCCGCCCCUCGCACCAGGCUACUUUGGCAACGCCGCCUUCUUCUCCGCCGCCGCAGUCGAGCCCGACGCCUUUGGCGGUCCCUCCCCCUCGUCCUCCUCCCCCUCAUCCCCCUCCUCCUCCCGCCGCUCCUCCUCCUCCACCACCCCCACCACCACCACCCCCACCGCCUCCCUCGCCACCCUCGCCACCAGCAUCCGCGCCUCCCUCACCGCCAAAACCUGCCCCCGCUUCCUCCGCGCGCAGCUCGCCCUCGUCGCCGCCCAGCCGCGCGCCUCGGACGUCGUCAACCCGUGGCGCUGCUUCGGCGGCAUCACCGGUGGUGGCCCCGGCCCCGACGUCGUCGCCACGUCGUGGGAAAAAUCCUUCGGGAGCGGCGCCGACGUCGAGCUGGGGUGCGGGCGGUUCAGGCGGAUGCGGCUGCCCGGGGGAGGGCAGUUCGAUGGAUUGGUUUGCGUUUUGCCGGCGUUUGGGGUGAGGGAUGUGGAGGUUGGUGGGGCUGAGGAAGGGUAUCCCGGGGGGUUGGAGGUGGCGGUGGAUUUGGAGGCGGGGUGUUUGGAGGCGGUGAGGGGGGAUGGGGUUUUGAGGGGGUAUGCGACGUGUUUGGGGUGA